CAGUAGCAGCAGCAGAAGAAGAAGAAGAAGAACAUCAACAACAGUCCGAGCCGACGAGCGGAUGCACACAACUCCACACAGAACAGUUCGCCGUGUUCCGAGUCAGCCGUGGAGCUGCCUCUCGCACGGGAUGGACACGCAGUGACGCCACAGCGGAAGAACCGAGUUCAUGUGUGAAGAAUAAAUCCUCCGGACUGCAGGAGGGAGGAGGCGCGUGUGGGUGUGUACAAGCCGGAGUAGUGACCAGUCCUCAUGGGUCCAAGGAGGAAGGCCUCUAAACUCCAGCCUGUAGGGGGCAGUGGUGGAGGGGAGCUGCUCCCGAGUCCCAGUGAGACCAAGGACUACAUCAACGAGCUGUCCCAUGAAGUCCUCUGUCACAUAUUCAGGUACCUUCCCAUGAAGGACAUCGUGUGUAUGGAGAGUCUGUCCAGGAAGCUGCGAGAGGCGGUGACGUUGUACCUGCGAGUGGUCAAAGGAGUGGAUCUGUGUGCUGGUCGCUGGUGGGAGUACAUGCCUUCAGGGUUUACAGACAGCAGCUUUCUUCUUCUUUUGAAGAAGAUGCCAGAUUUGGAGCAGCUGUAUGGCCUCCACCCUCGAUACCUGGACCGGAGAAGAGUUCGAGGCUACGAGGCUUUCAGCAUACCAGGGGUCCUGGAGGCUCUCCAGGCCUGUCCCAACCUGCUGGGUGUGGAGACCUCCCAUCUGGAGCUGGUAGAAGCCAUAUGGAACUAUAUGCCCCAAGUUCACAUCCUGGGGAAGUUCCGCAACCGCAACGGAGCUUUUCCCAUUCCUGCCGAGAACAAACUGACCAUCCCCAUCACUGCAAAGAUUCAGACCCUACAUCUCGUGGGUGUGAACGUCCCAGAGAUUCCCUGUGUAUCCAUGCUGCGCCACCUUUACCUGAAGUGGGUCCGUCUCACCAAACCACAGCCGUUUAAGGACUUCCUGUGUGUGAGCCUGAGAACCUUUGUCAUGCGGAACUGCGCAGGGCCAACCAACUCGCUCAAAUACGUUCCUCUGGUUACUGGGUUAGCAUCAGCCCGGAACCUGGAGCAGCUGGAGCUGGUGAGAGUUCCCUUCCUGGGGGGGCUGAUCCAACAUGUGGUGGAAGACAGCUGGAGGUCAGGAGGGUUCCGGAACCUCCACACGAUUGUGUUUGGAGCGUGUAAGAAUGCUCUGGAAGUGGACCUGGGAUACCUCAUCAUCACUGCUGCCCGCAGGCUUCACGAGCUGCGUAUCCAGCCUUCACUGACUAAAGACGGGGUCUUCUCAGCUCUCAAAAUGGCUGAACUGGAGUUUCCCCAGUUUGAAACACUUCACCUGGGAUACGUGGAUGAGUUCCUGCUGCAGUGUAAGAUGACUCAUUCGGAGCUGGUGAAGUACGGUCUGGCUGAUGUCAUUGAAAACCCAGGCAUCAUUACUGAUAUUGGCAUAAAGGUGGUGAACGAGGUGUUCACUAAUAUUAAAUAUCUGCUCAUCUACAACUGUCCUCACCUGCAUAACCCUCACCACUGGAUCACAGAUCAGUCCAGAUGGAGCCGCCUCGUUGAUCUGUCACUCGUUCGCUGUCAUGCCAUCAAACUGGAAUCCUUCGCCCAGUUCAUAGAGUCACUGCCCAGCCUGGAAUUUAUCUGUCUGGACCAGAUGUUUAGAGAACCACCCAAGGGUUGUGCCAGGGUGGGCCUAAGUGCAGGAACUGGUAUAGGCGUGUCCUCAGCACUGGUCAGCAACCAAAACUCCAACAAUGACAAUGAGAACAACAACAACAAUCACCACCACAAUAAUGAGGCCAACCUGCCCCCUGCACCUCCACCUGUCAACAACAACAACAACAACCAAAGGCAGCAGCAGCACAACGCACCAGUAGAAGUAAAUGGGAUGGAAGAUGAGGAGGAAGAAGAGGAGGAGGAGGAGGAGGAGGUGAUCUUGGAAGAAGACAACAUGGAGGCUGGGCCUCGGAUAGAGCUGAAAGGAGCAGGAGGGGAGGUGAGAGUGGAAGAAGCUGCUGUGACUCCUGGGGUCAGUCGUCCAGCUGGAGCAUCUCAACCACAUGAUGAAGAACGAGCAGGUCCCAGUGGUUUAGUCCAGCAGAGCACUGCUGGACCAGCUAGUGCUGUUGUUCCCAAGCCCCCACUGGUCAUCUCCGACUCGGACAGUGAGGAAGAGGAAGGCCUGGUUUCAAGGCUAAUGCCAGCUUCCUCUUUGCAGCAGACCACUUCCUGUACAGAAGGUAAAGGAAAGACUCCUCUGCGGCGGAGCAACAAUGUGGCUCUUCCUGUGUCAGCCUCAGUGGACCAAUCAAAGGCUCCGGUGCCGGACAUCAGCUGUGAGAAGAGCUGUCAGGUGACCAGUGAACAAAUCAAGGCAGAUAUGAAGGCGGCUGCUGAGAACAGUAGGAGGACGAGCGUCAAAGGAAUCACCGGUGAGGCCCGGGACACCGCUCAGAGGGCUGACAAUGGGACACCUCAGAACUCUGGUAGUGCUGGGUCAGCAGCGAGGACUGGCUCUGUUGUCAGUGGAGCUGGGGCAGCCACAUCCAGGCAGGUGGGUGGUUGUGGGAGGGUGGUGAUGGGGAUGAGCCAUAGAACAACUACAACCACAGACAGAGUGGCAGGAAUGGGCGUAGUGGGCCCCUGUGGAGCCCCCACUGGGGAGGCUGCUGCUGUGAACCACGCUUCCAGGAGACCACUGCUGACUGGACAGAGAGAGAGAGCUUCAGGCUCAGACCAGGACUUUGUUCCUAGACGACCUUUGACCCGCUCGUGCACUCGUAUGUCCUCCGUGUCCCUGGUACCUGAGACAGAUCUUUCAAUACCCAGGCCUCGAAUAGUGGUGAGGAGGAAACGAAUGGCUGACAAAUCAACUAGCACCUCAGACCCAGUAACUGAGGACGACCACGUACAGAUCUUGUCUCUGAAGAGUAAGAACCUGGUGGGCAUCACUCUGACCAACUGUGGAAUCACUGACCUGGUCCUCAAAGACUGUCCCAAGAUGAUGUUCAUUCACGCCACCAGAUGUCGAGUGUUGAAGCAGCUGAAGGUAGAGAGUGCCCCCAUAGUGAACAGGUUUGAUUACGCUCAGUGUAAGAAGCUGGACAUGGAACAGGUCCUGGAUCAGAUUCUGAGAAUGCCUCCUGAGAGGAACCGCAUCAUUUACAUGCGCCCGAUGCACCAGAUCGAUACCGUAGCACUGGAGCGGCAGCUGUUCCAGGGGCCAUAUCCCUACCACAUCGCGAUAGUGCACGAAUUCAGCAAUCCUCCAAACAUCCGCAACAAGGUUCGCAUCCGCAGCUGGAUGGACACGAUAGCCAACAUCAGCCAAGAGUUAAUCAAGUAUGAGUUCUUCCCAGAGGCCACCAGGACAGAAGAGGAUAUCAAGAACUACCCCCGAUACCCCUGGGGCAGGGACAUCUAUACCCUAGAGGGAAUGGUGGAUGGCGCCCCCUACAGCAUGAUCACAGACUUCCCCUGGCUCAGGACUCUGAGAGCAGCUGAUCCCAACAGCUACGCCCGCUAUGACUUUGAGGAUGAUGAAAGCACCACCAUCUAUGCCCCGCGGCGUAAGGGCCAGCUGUCAGCUGACAUCUGCAUGGAGACGAUCGGGGAGGAGAUCUCGGAGCGCCGACAGAGCAAGAGAGGAGUGUUUCAGAGAGUGGUGGUCCUCUUCCUCCAUCACUGUGACACACCAGGAGACCCUGUGGACGAUGACUACAUAUAGACAACACUCUCAUUAGUGGGUUCCCAGCAGUGACAGUCCGUCUGCUGUGGGAUCUCCAGCUCAGUGCUCAUCCUUCAUGCACAUGAUAACUCACAAUCAGUUAGCUUCAUGGACAAAGAACAACUGCAGUGGAAGGGCACUGGUACCCAAAAGUGUGUUGAAGAUGUGGUUGAUCUGGACCUGGUUGAUCGGAGGAACUGAUCAUCUUUGUUUAUUUUCACAUUAUUUGAGCAGAUUUUUUGAAAACUUCUCACAUAAGAAAAGAAAGAAAGCCCUGAGAUUGACUUUGGUCUGUCAACCAUGACCUCGUGUCUCUGACACAGUCCUCCUAUCUCAGCCAAGCUGGUCCCAGCUGGUCCCAGCUGGUUCCAGCAGCUGCCUGUGUGGAUCCUCAUGCUGCCACUGCCACCGGCCGCCUGCCUUGUUCCACACACACAUCAAACUAAAUAUGCCUUUAACUCAGUUAAGAUUAUAUCCACUCAUGUCCAUUGAACGUGAUGGAAUCGAUCAGCUCACAUUCUCACACUUGUCCGACAUGUCUUUGUCAUGUUGACACGCUGUAGCUACAACUGACUCAGGAGCAGUGGACCAGUUCUCAUGUCCAUUUCCCUGUAGCUGCUUUGAUCCUCCUGACAGUUCACUGUUCACACCGAGUGUCCACGUGGACGUGCUGUGGAUGUGGUGAGACAAGGAGAGGCUCAGACUGUUCGACUGGAUUCCUUUUCCUCUGGCGUCUGGAAGGAACCACAGAACCAACUGGCAGAUAAAUAAUUGCACUGGUAAUUUAUUUGGACAGCUCUGUCCUAGGUUCAGGGUGUUCCACAUAGAACAAGAUCUAGGUUUGUUCCAAAGGAAGAGAAGAGGCCGAGUGCAGUCUGAAUGAGUGUGUGCUGACAGAUGUACAGAUGUCAUGGCUGACGAUUUGCUUUCAUGAUGUUUAUAUGUUUAUAAAGAAAAAAGACUAUUUCACAUACUGAAAAAUAAAAUAACAGUAAACAAUU